AUGGGAAAAUCACGAGGUAAUAAGUAUCGUGUUGCGACGGAGAGUAAGAAGGAUGGAAAGAAGAAUCUGAAUGAGCUCAAGCAGGAACUCGCUAUGGAUGAGCAUCAAAUUUCCUUGGAUGAACUAUAUGCUCGACUUGGCACAAAUCCUGAUACCGGUCUGACCAGUGAACAGGCCAAAACCCGUUUGGAAAGGGAUGGUCCUAAUGCUCUUACCCCUCCCAAAACCACGCCCGAAUGGGUCAAGUUUUGCAAAAAUAUGUUCGGAGGCUUCUCCAUCCUUCUUUGGAUUGGUGCAGUUUUGUGCUUCACUGCUCAUGGUAUUACUUCUCGUGUACAUGAAAAUCCCACAAAUGAUAACUUGUAUCUUGGAAUUGUAUUAGCUGUUGUUGUCAUUGUUACUGGUUGCUUCUCAUAUUAUCAAGAAUCUAAAUCGUCCAAGAUUAUGGAAUCCUUUGCCAAGAUGGUUCCUCAGUAUGCUGUUGUAAUUCGUGGUGGACAGCGAAUUGAUGCUCCAGCUGAAGCGUUGGUUGUUGGUGAUAUUAUUGAUGUCAAAUUUGGGGAUCGUGUUCCGGCCGAUAUUCGUGUGAUUAAAGCUAGUUCAUUUAAGGUUGAUAACUCUAGCUUGACUGGUGAGUCCGAGCCUCAGACAAGAACACCAGAAUAUACAAAUGAGAACCCUCUUGAGACAAAGAAUUUGGCUUUCUUCUCAACUAACGCUGUUGAGGGUAACUGUCGGGGUGUUGUGGUAGCCACUGGUGAUCGCACAGUGAUGGGUCGAAUUGCAAACUUGGCUUCUGGUCUAGAGAUGGGUUCAACGCCUAUCGCUCGUGAGAUUGCUCACUUUAUUCACAUUAUUACCGGAGUCGCUGUCUUUUUGGGUGUCACCUUUUUCAUCAUCGCCUUCAUACUUGGCUACUACUGGCUCGAAGCCGUUAUUUUCCUGAUCGGUAUCAUUGUUGCCAAUGUCCCUGAAGGUCUUUUGGCCACUGUCACAGUAUGCUUAACACUCACUGCCAAGAGAAUGGCUAGUAAAAACUGUUUGGUGAAAAAUUUGGAAGCUGUAGAAACAUUGGGCUCAACUUCAACUAUUUGCUCUGAUAAGACUGGCACAUUGACUCAAAACAGAAUGACUGUUGCUCACUUGUGGUUUGAUAACAAAAUAUACGAAGCGGAUACAUCUGACGAUCAAUCAACUGCCAAUUACAAUCGUGACUCUCCAACAUUGAAGGCUCUUUUCCGAAUUGCCAUGCUUUGUAACCGGGCUGAAUUUAAACCCGGAGAAGAAUCUAAACCAGUGCUCAAGCGAGAAUGCAAUGGAGAUGCUUCUGAGUCUGCUCUACUUAAGUGUGUUGAACUAGCGAAUGGCGGUGUAACUGAAUUCCGUGCUGCAAACACCAAAGUUGUUGAAAUUCCUUUUAAUUCAACUAAUAAAUAUCAAGUCAGUGUUCACGAAACAAACGAUGAUGAUGAUCGUUACCUCGUUGUGAUGAAGGGUGCUCCAGAGCGUAUUUUGGAUCGUUGCUCCACUAUCUUGGUUGAUGGUAAGGAAAUUCACAUGGAUGACCAGUGGAGAGAAAAUUUCAAUAACGCUUACCUUGAACUCGGUGGUAUUGGUGAGCGUGUUCUUGGUUUCUGUGAUCUCCGUCUUCCUGCUGAUCAAUUCCCUCGUGGCUUUAAGUUUGAUGUUGAUGAACAAAACUUCCCGAUCGAUGGCAUGAGAUUCGUCGGCUUAAUGUCCAUGAUUGAUCCUCCUCGAGCAGCUGUACCUGACGCCGUGUCAAAGUGCCGUUCCGCUGGUAUCAAAGUCGUUAUGGUUACUGGUGAUCACCCUAUCACUGCCAAAGCAAUUGCCAAAGGUGUCGGUAUCAUUUCUGAUGGGAACAAGACUGUUGAGGACAUUGCUGCUGAACGCGGUGUUCCGGUUAGUCAAGUGAAUCCUCGCGAAGCUAGCGCUUGUGUUGUACAUGGCUCUGAUCUCCGUGAAAUGACUCCCGCUCAAAUCGAUGAAAUUCUUGAGAAUCACUCUGAAAUUGUCUUUGCCCGUACUUCGCCUCAACAGAAGUUAAUCAUUGUUGAAGGCUUCCAGCGAAUGGGUGCCAUCGUCGCCGUCACCGGUGAUGGUGUCAACGAUUCUCCAGCCUUGAAGAAAGCUGAUAUCGGUGUGGCUAUGGGAAUCACGGGUAGUGAUGUAAGCAAGCAGGCUGCUGAUAUGAUUCUUCUUGAUGACAACUUCGCUUCGAUUGUCACAGGCGUUGAAGAAGGCCGUAUUAUAUUCGAUAAUCUGAAGAAGUCCAUCGCCUAUACUCUCACCUCAAAUAUUCCUGAGAUCACACCUUUCUUAGUCUUCAUUUUGGCGGAUGUUCCCCUGCCUUUGGGUACCAUUACUAUUUUGUGCAUCGAUCUUGGUACAGACAUGGUUCCAGCUAUUUCCUUGGCCUAUGAAGAAGCUGAGAGCGAUAUCAUGAAGCGUAUGCCUCGUGAUCCCUUCCGUGACAAGUUGGUGAAUGAACGUCUCAUCUCCAUGGCCUAUGGUCAGAUUGGUAUGAUUCAAGCCUCGGGUGGUUUCUUCGUGUACUUUGUCAUAAUGGCAGAGAAUGGUUUCUGGCCUUACAGACUUUUGGGCCUGCGGAAACAAUGGGAUUCCCCCGCUAUCAACGAUGUUGCCGACUCCUAUGGACAGGAAUGGACUUAUAAUCAACGCAAAAGGCUUGAAUACACCUGUCAUACUGCCUUCUUUGCUUCAAUCGUCAUUGUCCAGUGGACAGAUUUGCUCAUUUGUAAAACCCGUAAGAAUUCCAUUUUCCAACAGGGAAUGUGGAAUCACCAUCUCACCUUUGGACUCUUCUUCGAAACUUCUUUGGCCAUCUUCCUCUCUUAUUGUCCUGGUUUUGAGCAAGGUUUGAGAAUGAUGCCUCUGAGAUGGACUUGGUGGCUGCCUGCGCUUCCAUUCAGUGCUUCGAUUUUCAUCUUUGAUGAGGUUCGUAAGAAGCUUCUGCGCACCUUACCACCAGGCAACUGGGUUGAACGGGAGACGUACUAUUAG